AUGGAGAGCGAGAGGCGGUUCUAUCCCUACAUUGUAAUUGGGUGUGGCGGAGUCGGAAGUGCGGCGGUUUACUGGUUGUCCCGUCGGGUGGGCUCAGACGUUUUAGGUCUGGAACAGUUUCAACUUGGUCACAGUAAUGGCGGUUCUCAGGACCAUUCCAGGAUCAUUCGGUUAACCUACCACGAUAAACGGUAUACAAAACUAGCACCGGAAACCUACAAAGCAUGGCGAGAAGUGGAAGAAGAGUCGGGCGUCAAACUGGUCUAUAAGACUGGUGGUGUUUUUUUCGCCAAACACGAAAAUAGCACCACUUUGGAUGAUUACGCCAAAGCGAUGGAUGCUUACAAUAUCAAAUAUGAACGUAUGAAGGGUUCGGCUCUUCGAGAACGUUUCCCUCAGUUUGAAAUGGACGACAGCUACGAUGUCAUGUAUGAUCCAGAGACGGGUCUCGUAGAUGCAGCUAUGGCAAACGCUGUGCAUAUUCAGCUGGCCCGGGGGAGGGGCGCACGUAUUAUAGAAAAUUGCCCUGUGAAAGGCGUGGAACGUGCAACAGAUGGACACAUCAAAGUGUACACGGCAAAGGGGGUGUUCAAGUGUCGCCGUCUGGUGGUGACCCCUGGAGCCUGGUUCAACGAGGUGCUUGGGUCAGUGGGCAUUCACAUCCCAAUCUACGUCACCCAAGAACAAGUAACAUACUUCGCAACUCCUAACAUCAAAGAUUUCACCAAAGAGAGAUUCCCGAUUUGGGUUCACCACUCAAAUAAGAAUAUGUUCUACGGAUUACCCAUACAUGGAAACUCGGGAGUCAAGGUUGCAUUAGAUGCUAGUGGCCCUAUUGUCACCGGAGACACACGAACCUUUGAGCCAGACGCAAUCACAGAGCAGGCAUGCAGAGAUUACUUACAGAGUAUCAUACCCAAGGCCCUUGGUCCACUGUUGUAUACAAAGACGUGUCUGUAUACAAGUCCUCCAGACCGACAUUUUAUCUUAGAUACCUGCGCCAAGACAGGAUGGGAUGAUGUGAUAGUCUUCUGUGGCGCCGGGCAUGCGUAUAAAUGGGCAAGUUUCCUUGGAAAGAUUCUGACAGAGAUGGCUGUAGACGGGAAAACCCAGUAUGAUAUAUCACUAUUUAGUCUUGACCGCGAGGCUCUGACGGACCCUAACUGGGACCCAAUGUUAAAAAGCGGAAGUGCAAUGACGAUUCCAGGAACGUUUACCAAACACACCUCGAAGCUGUAA